AUGCAAAAUGACGAGAAGGAAUGCUUGACAGUCCUAUUCAUGACAAACGCUACGGGUGCAUUGAUUCCACCAAUGAUAGUUUUUCCGUAUCAAAGAAUUCCUUACAGCGUUUCGCAAAGUGUACCAAUUAAUUGGAGUAUUGGAAAGUCAGAAAAUGGAUGGAUGACAGCCGAAACUUUCUAUGAAUAUAUAAGUAACACUUUUGAGCCAUGGUUGACAGCACAGAACAUCGAGAGGCCGGUUAUUCUAGCAUCCAAUGCUAAUGUCAAUACCAUUAGAAAUACACAAUCAGUGUCUACUAUCGUCAAUGACGAAGAUUGUUUGGAUGUUCCUUCUGAUAUCCCAGAUGUUUUCAAAAAUACUAUAUUUUGGCCCCGCAAAAAUAAUUCAGCAAGGAAAAAACGUGAUCUAAAAGUCAAAGUGCCUUCAGUGGCCACUUCGUUAGCCUGGCAAGAAUAUCAUCGAACGAAAGAAAUGGAAAAAAGUCAACGUCUAAUUGCGAUCGAAGAGAGGAAAAGAAAACGUCAAAAAACGGCUGAAAAGAAAAAGUAA